CGCCGAGCGUGUGCCCGCCUCUGGAAAGAUGGCGGCGGUGUCGGUGUUUCCCGGCGUGCGGCUCCUCAGUAUCGGGGACGCGAACGGGGAGAUCCAGAGACACGCAGAGCAGAGGGAGCUGCGGCUGGAGGCCCGGGGAGGGGACAUCGCGCUGUAUAAUGAGAAUGUCUGCGUGUUUAAGUGUACGAUCAACUCGGACACGGAAUGCAGCCGCGUCGGCAAACAGUCCUUUAUCGUCACUCUGGGUUGUAACAGUGUCCUGGUCCAGUUCGCCACACCAGCAGAUUUCUGCUCCUUUUACAAUAUUAUCAAGGGUUGCAGGAGUUCAUCUGCAGACAAGAGUGUGUUCAGCGAGCGGACAGAGGAGUCAUCUGCUGUGCAGUACUUCCAGUUUUAUGGCUACCUGUCACAGCAACAGAACAUGAUGCAGGACUAUGUGAGGACUGGCACCUACCAGCGAGCCAUCCUACAGAACCAUACAGACUUCAAAGAUAAGGUGGUUUUAGACGUUGGCUGUGGCUCAGGGAUCCUGUCCUUCUUUGCAGUUCAGGCUGGAGCUCGCAAGGUUUAUGCUGUGGAAGCGAGCACCAUGGCACAGCAUGCAGAGCUUUUGGUGAAGAGUAACAAUCUAACCGACCGCAUUGUGGUGAUCCCAGGCAAAGUGGAGGAAGUGUCUCUCCCUGAACAGGUGGAUAUGAUCAUCUCUGAGCCUAUGGGAUACAUGCUGUUCAAUGAGAGAAUGUUGGAGAGUUACCUGCAUGCAAAGAAGUUUCUCAAACCCAACGGUAACAUGUUUCCGACUAUUGGAGACGUUCACCUAGCACCGUUCACAGAUGAGCAGCUUUACAUGGAACAGUUUACAAAAGCCAACUUCUGGUACCAGCCGUCUUUCCAUGGCGUAGACCUUUCCUCACUUCGAGGAGCCGCUGUGGAUGAAUAUUUUAAGCAACCAGUUGUGGAUACCUUUGACAUUAGAAUACUGAUGGCCAAAUCUGUGAAAUAUACCGUAAAUUUCCUGGAUGCCAAAGAGUCCGAUUUGCACAGAAUAGAAAUCCCCUUCUCCUUCCACAUGCUCCAAUCUGGACUGGUCCAUGGCCUGGCCUUCUGGUUUGAUGUGGCUUUCAUUGGAUCCAUGAUGACUGUCUGGCUUUCCACAGCCCCCACUGAGCCCCUCACUCACUGGUACCAGGUCCGCUGCCUUCUACAGUCGCCCCUCUUCACCAAAGCUGGAGACACAUUAUCUGGGACAGUCCAGCUUAUUGCUAACAAAAGGCAAAGUUACGAUAUCAGUAUUGUUGCUCAGGUGGAUCAGACUGGAUCCAAGUCUAGUAAUCUGCUGGAUCUGAAGAACCCGUUCUUUAGGUACACUGGCUCAACGCCGUCCCCUCCUCCUGGUUCACACUACAGCUCCCCCUCUGACAAUAUGUGGAACACAGCAGGGGCGUACACCAUGAACACAGGAAUGGCCAUGGGAGGAAUGCCCACGGCGUAUGAUCUCAGCAGUGUUAUGGGUGGAAGCUCAGGCAUCAGCCACAGUAACCUCAUCCCUCUAGGUGAGCAGUCUGCAACCUCGUGUUCUGCGUCUCCGCAUCCGGGACCCCAAGACCUGACACACGGAACCUCUACUAACACAGGAAUUGUUAAUCACACGCACUCCAGGAUGGGAUCCAUCAUGAGUACAGGCAUCGUCCAAGGAUCGGCCUCAGGACAAGCUGGUUCCAACGCUACCGGCCACUACCCAGUCAACAACCAGUUCACUAUGGGUGGCCCAGCCAUCUCUAUGGCUUCUCCCAUGUCUAUCAACACCAACACAAUGCAUUAUGGGAGCUAGAAACUGCUCACUCCUCCCUUGCGACCUCGGCUGCUCCUGCCCCACCCAAUCCUCUUCUCGCUCCUCCUCUG